UGUUUUAUUACUAGUCAGGAUCACCUGUUGCCUUUUUACUCAGACAAAUUAAACUGGGAUGAGACUGGAUUAAGAUCUUCUGCGCUUUGUGAAGAUAGUAUGGGAGGCCUGGACGAUUUGGAGGAUGAUGAAGACUAUCUGGAGGAUGGGGAUGCCGAGGACACUACUGAUGUUCAGGCGGAUGAUGGUACAUAA